AUGGGAAACCAACCAUCAAAGACACCAAUCAAAGAAGUUGAAACAGUAUUCAAUGAAAAGCAAGAAUUCAAUAAUGAUGAAUUCUCUCAAUUUAGCGAUUUGUUAAAGAAUUUAUCAAUUGAUCAAACUAAAAGUGAUGACGACAUCGGUAUUGGAUCUUUACAUUCUUGGGAAUCUGACUUUCAAUCAAGCGCUAAGAACUUGUUGGCACAAAAUGCCAUUGCUAAGAAUGAAAUUUAUUCUGUUAUAGCUGAUUCCACUUUAAAAGCCAGAUCAAAUGAACAAUACCACUUUAACACUCAAUUGAAGAAUAUUGGUGAACCUUCCUUCUUGGAUAACCAAAGAUCUUCAGGUCGUUGUUGGAUGUUUGCCACUUCCAAUAUUUUAAGACAACAUGUCAUCAAAAAUUACAAUUUAAAAUUUGAUGAAUUCCAAAUAUCUCAAGCUUAUCUUUUCUUCUACGAUAAGUUAGAAAGAGCCAACUUUGCUUUGGAUAAUUUGAUUGAAACUGCUGAUUUACCUUUGGAUUCCAGAUUAGUCAAUUAUAUUUUAUCUGAUCCUAUCAGUGAUGGUGGUCAAUGGGAUAUGAUUGUUAACAUUUUGGAAAAAUACGGUGCUGUUCCAAAUUACAUUUUCCCUGAUAAUGCUCAAGCUUCAUCAUCUUCAACUUUGAACUACAUUUUGAAAGAAAAGAUUAGAGAAUUUGCUUUGAUCUUAAGAAAGUUAAAAACUAAGGGAGCUGCAGAUUUCAUCAUUAAGACCACUAAAAGUGCUAUGAUGAAAGAAAUUUAUAACGUCAUUUCUAUCUCCUUAGGUACUCCACCAAAACCAACUGAUUCAUUCACUUGGGAAUUUAAAGACAAAGAUGGUAAUUACAAGUCAUUCAAUACUACUGCCAAUGACUUCUACAAAACACAUAUCAAUUAUCCUGGCACCAAAUUCUUUUCUUUAAUUCAUGAUCCAAGAAAUGCUUCUGGAAAAUUAUACACUGUGGAUAAGUUGAAUAACAUGACUGGUGGUAGAAAAAUUCAAUAUGUUAAUACAUCAUUAGAUUCAAUCAAAGCAACUGCUAUCAAAAUGAUUAAAGCCGAUGAACCAGUUUUCUUCGGUUGUGAUGUUGGUAAAUAUUAUGAUAGACAAUCAGGUAUUUUAGAUACUUCACAAUUCAGUUUCAAGCUCGGAUUUGGUACUGAUUUGAAUAUGACCAAAUCUGAAAGAUUACAAACAGCUUCUUCAGCUAUGACCCAUGCCAUGGUUUUAACUGGAGUUCAUUUAGAUUCUGAAGGUAAACCAGUUAGAUGGAAGAUCGAAAAUUCUUGGGGAUCUGACGUUGGUGACAAAGGAUAUUUCUUAAUGACUGAUGAAUGGUUUGAUGAAUUUGUUUUCCAAAUCGUUACUUCUAAAGCCUAUGCUUCAAAGAGUGAUUAUGCUGUUUUCGCAGGUCAAGAUUAUAGUGUUUUACCAUUUUAUGAUCCAAUGGGUGCUUUAGCCAAAUAG